ACCCAUUACAUAAUGCUAAACUUAAGCUGAUAAUUAAAAUUAAUCAUCUGGAGCAGAAAGCUUAGAGAAUGUGGAUUUUUGGAAGAAAAGGGGAAUCAGGGUUUGGAGCUUCUUCAACAGCGGAAGAUGUUACCAAAGGAAUCGAUGGAACUGGUCUUACCGCCAUUGUUACUGGAGCUUCAAGUGGUAUAGGCACAGAGACAGCACGGGUCCUUGCCAUUCACGGUGUACAUGUGGUGAUGGGGGUAAGAAAUACAGAAGCCGGUAGAACAGUUAAAGAGACAAUACUUAUGGAGACACCUGAUGCUAUAGUUGAUGUGAUAGAGUUAGACCUCAGCUCUCUUGCAUCUGUAAGGGAAUUUGCAGCCGAGUAUUGUUCAUUGGGCCUUCCUUUAAACAUUCUCAUUAACAAUGCAGGGGUUAUGGCUCCUCCAUUCACGCUUUCAAAAGACAAGAUUGAACUACAAUUUGCAACCAAUCAUUUAGGUCAUUUUCUUUGA